AUGUCCGACGCCGACGAUAGCAACCCAAUCCAGGAACCCCUCGACCUUGUCCGCCUAUCACUUGAUGAACACGUUUUCGUCAAGUUGCGAGGAGACCGGGAGCUGCGGGGGAGACUACAUGCUUAUGAUUCACAUUGCAACCUUGUGCUCGGUGAGGUCGAGGAGACUAUCUAUGUGGUGAACGAUGACGAGGAUGAUGAUAGUGUUAAGACGAUCAAGAACAACUCGGAAAUGUUGUUCGUGAGAGGAGAUUCUGUUGUCCUCAUUUCGCCGCAGUCACAGUCAUAA